AUGGAGCCGCCCUCGACACCCUCCGUCACGUUAACCGCAAAAGGCGGUCGAACCUUGAUGUGGUACGAAGCUGCUGAAUGGCAGCGAGACAACAAGUACAUCCUCAGCGGUUAUCGCCGCGAAAAAGCUGACUAUCUCGAGAUCCUCACCAGCCUGACGUUUCUGCACAACGAGACAUGCAAUGUGUACACUCACCUAAUCGGCGCACUGCUUCUGCCGCUCAUCGCGGCCACUGUCAUGCGGAGUCUCUCACAGCCUCAGUUCUCUGUCGUGUCAGGAACAGACUACACUAUGUUUGCAAUCUUCUUUUGGACCGCUGAGUGCUGUCUACUCUUUAGCACGGCCUUUCACCUGUUUGGCGCACACUCGCAUGAAGCUGAGCAAUUUUGGCAUCGCAUGGACCUGCUAGGCAUUGUUAUUGUGACGAUGGGCACCUUUAUUCCGGGAAUUUAUUACAUCUACUUCUGCGAACUUUCCCUACAGAGACUGCACUGGUCUGUUGUUAUCCUCUCGGGAUCCUCCACAGCUGCCCUGAUCUGUAUACCUGUCUUUAGAACGCUUCGCUGGCGAAAGGUAAAAAUUGGUGCCUACGUCGCACUUGGCGCUUCGGCACUUAUCCCACUAGCACAUGGAUCUCAGCUAUAUGGUCUCAAGUAUAUGACUCAAUACUCGGGAAUGAACUGGUAUCUGCUUGAGCUAGCUAUCUACGGUAGUGGAACUGCUUUUUAUGCGUUGCGAAUUCCCGAACGCUUUGCUCCUGGCAAAUUUGAUAUUUGGUGCAGCUCUCAUCAAAUUUUCCACCUCUGUAUCUUGUGCGCUAUGUAUAUACAUAUUUUUGGCCUAAUGCAGGCUUUCACAGCGUGCCAUACAUUGGACAUUUGCAAAAUCCAGGCCGCGCACAAAGCAGGCUAG